ACCCGGCCAGCAGCCAGCAGGGAUCUAUCUGCAUCCACACCAAGCCCCAGGAUGUGCAGAGAUUUCCUUUAGGUCCCAACCCACCACCAUGCGGUCCUGUCCAUGGAGACCUCGUCACCUGGGCCAACGUGUCCUGUGGCCCUUGCUUUUGGUUUUGCUGCUCUUCUUCCUCUUCACCCUGCCCUCCUUCAUUAAGGAGCCUAGCACAAAGCCUUCCAGGCAUCAAUAUACACAGAACAAUAUAAAGCGGGCUGAGGAGUCGCAGCAAAACUCUAUGUCCCCAGCUCCCACCAUGCAACAGAGGAGAAGCGUCCAUGAUGAGCCAGGGCAAGAGGAGGGUACCCUGGACACAGACCCUGGGCCCACAGCCCCCUUGGCUAGAGGGAACAGGACAGAGGCUGCCCGGACACCACAGCGGGAACAGGGUGCUGUGCCCAGCGCCACACUGGCAGCAGCACUGAAGGGACAGGGAGAAGAGAAAACCCAGGUGGACGUGCUGCCACCAAGAGGUCAGCACAAGGAGAUGGCCUCCGUCAGGACAAAGGCAACAGCAGUGCAGAGUCAGGACACGGUGACAAGAGGCAGGGGGGACCAGAAGGGGAAGCUGACAACUGCAAGGGCAGUGUUAAAAAAAACCCAGGGCAAAGCGUUGGCCACCACAGUAGUGACAACAAGGACAAGAAAGAAAGCCAUGACCACAGCCGCUGUCCCAGGCAAGGAGAAGGCAGCGCGGGCCAACCCUGCACCUUCCCCAAGGCCCACCACAGGGAGAAGCCAGAGACUGAAGGCCGCCAACUUCAAGUCUGAGCCCCGCUGGGAUUUUGAGGAAAAGUAUAGCUUUGAUGUGGGGGGUCUGCAGACGAGAUGCCCUGACUCAGUGAAGGUCAGAGCCUCCAAGUCACCAUGGCUCCAGAAUCUCUUUCUGCCCAACCUCACUCUCUUCCUGGACUCUGGACGCUUCAACCAGAGCGAGUGGGAGCGCCUGGAACACUUCGCCCCUCCCUUCGGCUUCAUGGAGCUCAAUCACUCCUUGGUGCAGAAGGUCGUGGCCCACUUCCCGCCGGUGCCCCAGCAGCAGCUGCUCCUGGCCGGCCUGCCCUGGGAGAGCUCGCAGUGCGUCACUUGUGCUGUGGUGGGCAACGGCGGCAUCCUGAACGACUCCCACGUGGGCCGAGACAUCGACAGCCACGACUAUGUGUUCCGAUUGAGCGGAGCUCUUAUUAAAGGCUACGAACAGGAUGUGGGUACGCGGACAUCGUUCUACGGCUUCACGGCCUUCUCCCUGACCCAGUCCCUUCUCGGGUUGGGCAGUCGGGGUUUCCGGAACGCGCCCACCGGGAAGGACGUUCGCUACCUACACUUCCUGGAGGGAACCCGGGACUAUGAGUGGCUGGAAGCAUUGCUUCUGAAUCAGACCCUGGCGAAAAAGAGCCUUUUCUGGUUCAGGCACAGGCCCCAGGAAGCUUUUUGGGAAGCCUUGCAAUUGGACAGAUACCUGUUGCUACACCCAGACCUUCUCCGCUACAUGAAGAACAGGUUUCUGAGGUCAAAGACCCUGAACACGGCCCACUGGAGGAUAUACCGGCCCACCACGGGUGCCCUCCUACUGCUCACUGCCCUUCAGCUCUGUGACAAGGUGAGUGCCUAUGGCUUCAUCACUGAGGGCCACGAGCGCUUUUCUGAUCAUUAUUAUGAUAAAACAUGGAAACGACUCAUCUUUUACAUAAACCAUGACUUCAAGUUAGAGAGAGAGGUCUGGAAGCGGCUCCACGAGGAAGGCAUCAUCUGGCUGUACCAGCGUCCCCAGACUGCCAAAGCAAAGAACUGACUGGUGCCUGGGCCACAGCAGUCUCUUCCUUCGGUUCCUCCAAAACACAGGGUGCCGUGAGAGUCCCACGGCCAUCUGAGAGCCUUUGCCAUCUGCCCAGGGCUUGGACCAGCCUCCAGACCCCCAGGGUCACCUGAGAAGAAGAGAAAACUCCCUCAAGGUGGCAAGGGGUUGGAGUCCUUCGGGAAGUUGCUGCAGGUUCAGAUGGAGAUUCCUAAGACCAGGGGGUUUUAAUUAACUGGGUGGUAAGUGGCCAAUGCCCCACAUGAUUAAAAAAAGCACUCUGUGCUGUUCCAAAGCCACGUGGUACAAAGGAAAGCGCCUGAACACACAGAGAUUUCUAGAUCGAGUGUGAAUUCCAGAUCUUCUCCUUCGACAUCGUAAAAUCUUGGCGUUAUCUGAAGAUCCUUCCAGCGAUCAUCUGAUUCUAAAAGGGCUGCACUUUUCCUUGUUCUCUGAGUUAUUUGACAGCUCUAUGUAUUGUAGAAAACAGAGUAAAGCAAAUGAUUCUUGCCUAUGAAAAUGCAAAUAAAUUUUGUACAAUGAAGAUCUAAUAACUCCAGGGAUGGUCACCAGUCAGUCACCACCUCGAGAAUUUAUUCUCGAGAUCCUUAAUGCCUAAAUGUGUGUCUGUGGCUAGGGUUCUCCUUUGAACCACUUUUAACUUUUUUUUUUUUGGUACCGGGGAUCGAACUCAGAACCUUGUGCUUGUGAGGCAGCCUCGGUGCCACUGAGCUAAAUCCCCAGCCCAACCACU